UCCUUGCACCCCCUAACAUAGGCCCGAAUGGUUUCAACCAUGUUGCAGUACUAACGUGCACUUGUUGUCGUAGCAGGAUCACACGGACACUAGUAGCAUCGGACAAUUGAGAUUGUUGUUAAUUUUGUGUGUUGUGGACAUGCGUGUGCGUGCAAUUAAUAAAGUACUUAAAUUGGAACAGCCUGUGGAAAGCCGUUCUUCCUCACACGUCUGUCGCCGACACCUUCUAACAGAGGACAGGAAAAUCUAGCUGCAGCACGACCCGUAUAUUUUGCACGCCGUGUUCUCAACAAAUGGUCCUUCGAGCCGGAGGUGUUGACAGCUUUUCCUAAUGGCGACAUCACGACAUCAUGAUGAGGAAGAGGAGCAAGGUGCUCGUCCUAGACGGACCCACAGGGUCAGGAUGUUACAGAGCACACUACAGAUGUCGAUGGAGCCCGGUAGGGGUACGCCACAUGCUCACCAGCUUACGCCUGGACGUGCUGUUGGUCCGCCUCUCCUCUAUUCAGACAUCAGACGACCUGCAAUCAUCACUGAUGAAGGCCGUGUGGAUAUGCCUCCACCUACAUCACCUACCUCGAUGCAGUCAUUACCUGCUGUGUUCCACACAUUGCCUCCAAAUGUACAUUCCUUCUCUUUCCAGCCACCUCGUCAGCAUCAAGCAUCCCUCCUCAGUCCAUCACAAGCUCCAGUCCAACUGCCUCCUGGGUUUGUUUCCCCAGGACAUCAAGUCCCCACUCCUCAAAUGCCUGUCUCAGCUAUGCAUCCCCCUCUGGUGCCACGGCCUGGAUCUGCUCCAGCUGGCCUACCAUAUCCACCUCUGCUACAGCAACAGCAGUACAGGGAUCAGCAGCCUCCAGCACAUUCAACUGCAUGGCCAUCACCUCCGUCUCCUGUUGUUUGGCAACCUGCUCCUCCUCAGGCACAUCCAAAUCCUAUACAGGACCCACGGCACAGGCCUGCUAUGAUUCCCAGCAUAAACUCACUUCCUUUGGGGCAGCCUCCUGUUCUCCAAUCACAGCAUCCCAGUCAGGCGGCUGGCCAACAGUAUGCGUUUUCGCACUCAGCUCUCCAUACGCAUCUGCCUGACUCUACUAGCUAUCCAAACUCUUUUCUCCAGCCAGUUCAUAAUAAUGUGCCUAUGCACACUCAGUCCCAGCCAGCGGCACAUAUGCCAAACUUGAUGGAGAUGGCCAUAUCUUCCUCAUAUGGUAUUCCGCGGCCCAAGCUAAUCAGUUUCACGACUGGGAAAGAGAGUGAUUUCCUGCUGCUGAAGAAAGGGCUAGAUGGGGUAUUAGGUCCACACUAUCACCUGUCUGAAGACUAUAAAUUCCAAGUGCUGUUAGAUCAUCUCAAAUUCCCCAGCGCUUUCCAAAUAGCCAAGAGGUAUGUCCAUGACCCCAUGCCAUACACCAAGGCCAUGCAGGCGCUGCAGCAGCGCUAUGGACAGCCCAGACAAUUAGUGCAAGGUGAAAUAAACACCAUCCUUAAUGCACCUGCUGUGAAAUAUGGAGAUGCAGGGAGCUUUGAGGACUUUGCUCUGUCAGUAAAUAGCCUUGUUGGUCUGCUUAACAGCCUGGAUGGAGCAGCUAAAAGUGAACUCUUGUGCGGCUCUCAUGUGGAUAGACUGCUUGCUAAACUCCCAUCCUCAUACAGGGACAGCUUUGCAGAGUAUUGUCUAACAAAAGGCAUUCUGCAGAGUGGCACUACUAACACCUACACACUCCCUGAUCUUGCUGUGUGGUUAGAGAGGAAAUCACAAGCAAUCCAGAUAUCCAGGCGAGCUACAGAGAGCUACACUGCGGACAAGCCACAUUCAGAGCACAAGGAGCAGAAACCAUUCAAGCCCUCAAAACCUCAAUCUUCAGUUUACUAUGGCACUGAUCGAGUCCCAGAUAAGCGCUUUACUGACUCUAACACAUCUUCUUCUGGGAAAAAAGAGACAACUAAAGACAAGAAAAGGGAAAGUUUCAAGCCCUUUUGUCCCUUCUGCAGUAGUACAGAGCACUAUCUGAGCUCAUGCCCGGACUUCAGCAAGCUGACAACCACACACAUAACAGCAUGGAUAAAAGACAAUAAAAGAUGCUGGAAGUGUGGCAGGGGGCAUCAACCUGACAACUGCACUCUGAAGAAACCUUGUGCCACCUGUGGUGAUCAGCAUCUGCAGAUUCUGCACAAGUCUAUAUCCAGCACAAAUAAAAGUGUCCUUGCAGUGAGUACAGUAUCCAGCGCCAUCUACUUGGAUCAAGUCACACACUCUGGCCGAGUGAUGUUAAAGGUGGUGCCAGUGAAACUCCACAGUAAAGGCAAAACACUAUCCACACAUGCUAUCCUGGAUGAUGGGUCCGAAAGAACCAUCAUUCUCCAAUCUGCAGUGCACUACCUGCAACUGGACGGGGCAGAGGAGUCCCUCAAACUUCGCACUAUCAGGCAGGAAGUGUCUGAGCUGCAGGGAGCCUCUGUGUCAUUUGAUGUGUCAGCACCAGGAUGCCCUCAGGUGAGACAUUACAUCAGCCAUGCCUUCACUGCUAAAGAGCUAGACCUUGGUAAGCAAUCCUGCCCAAUGGAUCUUCUACAGCAGAAGUAUGCCCACCUUGGAAACAUUCCAGUUAAAGCAUUCAAAGGUGUACAACUUAUGCUUCUGAUAGGCUCAGACAACCCACAGCUUAUCACUCCAACAUCGCCUAUCAGGAUGGGGCCCCUAGGCAGCCCUGUCGCUGUAAAAACAAAGCUUGGUUGGGCUAUACAGGGACCAGCUACUUUCCUCCAUCAGCCCGCUGAAGCCACCUGUCUUCACACCUCAUCAUUCCCUCUUCCCUCUCAAGACCUGCGACACAGCGUCGAAAGACCAUGGCAGAUAGAUGUACUGCCAUUUCGGCCUGAAAGAGAAGUCACUCGAUCUAAGCAAGACAAAGAGGCCUUGGAGACACUGGGGGAAAAGACACUCCUGGAUCUCUCUGCACCGAGUCAGGGGAACCAAGGCUCUGACUUCCUCAAACAGGCACCGGAAUGUUGGCCUAUUCAGCCUUCACAGAGAACAAGUGAGGAAAGUGAGUUAAAGAAGUCUGCAUGCUGCGCUCACGUUGCCGUCAACAUUUCCCUUCUCCCUAUCACUGCACAACCCCAGACGUGGGCAGAAUUGGUGCAGACCACAUACCAGUCGGAACACGGAGCCAACGGCCCAUCCAUGUCAGCCUCACAGCGCUUAGACACUGAAGUUCAACUCCUGAGACAAGCACAGCUUUCGGAAAGAGGUCAAUUCUCUACAAACCGGGAAGGAAGUGAGGACAAGCAGCAAGCUGAGUAACCUGUCACCAGAAUAUGACGCCAGUCUGAGUCUCAUCAGAGUAGGCGGACGUCUUCGCAGGGCAGAGAAUCUAGCAGCUGACACUCUCCACCCCAUCUUGCUGUCACCUGAUCAUCCUACCACCCAGCUCAUCAUAAAGGAUUAUGACCACCGCCUACUGCAUCUGGGCCCAGAGCGCGUCUUUGCAGAGCUGCGACGGAUGUACUGGAUACUGAAAGGCAGACAGGCAGUUCGUAAACAUCAACGUCAGUGCCUGGAAUGCAGAAAAUGGCGUGGAAACCCUGUCGUCCCUAAAAUGGCUGACCUUCCAGCCGCCAGGCUGCGUCUGCACCAGCCGCCAUUCUGGUCUACGGGUGUCGACUGUUUCGGGCCCUUUAGCAUCAAAAUAGGCAGACGACAGGAAAAACGCUGGGGCAUUAUCUUCAAAUGCCUCACUACCAGAUGUGUUCACCUGGACCUGCUGGCCAGCAUGGACACAGACUCUUUCCUUAUGGCCCUGCGUCGCUUCAUUUCACGACGAGGAAAGCCCUUUGAAAUAAUAAGUGACCAAGGUACAAACUUCAGAGGUGGAAACUGGGAGCUGCAAGAGGCUUUUGCUGCUCUGGAACCGUCUCUGCAAGAACAACUGAGUGAACAAAGUAUCACUUUCCGCUUCAAUCCCCCACUAUCUCCACACUUCGGUGGCACCUGGGAGCGUGAGAUUCGAUCCGUCAAAGCUGCACUCCAGGUGAUCCUAAAGGGUCAGAUCGUGUCAGAGGAAGUGCUCCUCACCGUCCUCAUCGAGGUGGAGGGAAUCCUUAAUUCAAAGCCACUCGGCUACGUAUCAUCUGACAUCGCAGACGAGGAUCCCAUUACUCCAAAUCUGCUGCUCAUGGGGCGGCGAGAUGCCUCUCUCCCUCAGGCAACAUAUGGCCCAGGAGAGCUUCUCGGCCGACGUAAAUGGAGACACAGCCAAGUCAUCGCAGACCAGUUCUGGACUCAGUUCACACAACGUUACCUCCCAAGCCUGCAGCUGCGUCAGAAAUGGCAGCAGUCCACUCCGGAUUUAACUGUGGGACAAGUGGUAAUGGUUGUAGACGCACAACUUCCACGUGCUCUUUGGCCUGUAGGCAGGGUUAAACAGGUGAUGCCGAACCCUGAUGGAAGGAUCAGGGUGGCAGACGUGUCGAUAGGAAAGCACACCUAUCGUCGUUCGGUCGCUAAGCUCAUCAUACUGCCGGAGAUGCCUGCUGAGGAUAAUACAUCAUAGUCACAGGGAUUUUUACUGGAUCCUAAUGUGCUGCACACAUUAGGGGGCGGCUGUAUAAAACUCCCCCAUUACUUGGACUAUUCCUUGCACCCCCUAACAUAGGCCCGAAUGGUUUCAACCAUGUUGCAAUACUAACGUGCACUUGUUGUCGUAGCAGGAUCACACGGACACUAGUAGCAUCGGACAAUUGAGAGUGUUGUUAAUUUUGUGUGUUGUGGACAUGCGUGUG